CCAACCGAACACUUCCUUCCACUCCAUCGUUACUAUACUUAAUUUAUGCCCUUAUGCCCUUAUGGUUAAGAGAUCUCUGUCUACCUGCGCGUUAGCUCCCUCACGUACGCGUAUUAAGUGAAUCCGGGCCAAGUAAAUCCUCUAUAAAAUUGUUCACUAUUCGUGCUGCAGACAUUUCACAACCAAAUCUUCAAUAAAAUCUUAGCCCAUCCGAAGCGUGCGAGAAGUCACACACGCAGGAGGCCUUUGGCAUCCAUACACUAAUGUGCAUUCGCACGUAGACGCUAGAGCGGGAGCCUUCGAGAGUUUAAUCGGUCGCGCAACGCUUUAGUACUGUCUGUGCCGCCGUCGUGAUCGGCACAAGUAACAGAGACUGUCCUCUCCAGAAAAAUAGAUAUCACCGUUGUUACAUGUGCACGCGUAUGCUUGCGCACACAUAUAAACGAAUGUUCGUGAACGUAACUUGUACGUAGCGUAUCGUGCGUGAGUCGUGCUUUCGUAAAUUAGCCUAUCAUCGAUAGCAAUUUCCAUUCGGUAAAUUAACGGGGAGGCCGUUCCGCAGUUUAGUGAAUAUCUUUCAAUAAUUUAAAUUUAAUUUUAUACUCAAUAUACAAUAGCUUACGUAAACACUUGUAUGGUUUAGGAUACAUAAUAGUGAACAUGAUUAUUCUUUUAUAGUAUUGUGCAUACGGGAAUGAUGAAAGACGGACGAGAGAAGAAAUGACAGAUAUUAAGGGAGUCAAGGGGAAAGUGGAAGAAAGACUGAGAUACAGAAUCUGAUUAACUAGUCGGUUUAUCAUGGCAAAAAUUCGUAUGCCAGAGAAGGUGGAAUCAAAGCCCACAUCUCUUCAAUCACAGCAUAUUAGCGAUAAGUUUAAGUAUUCCAAAAACAACAAUAGAUCCUUCGACGAUCUUAAUCACAUGAUAAAUGGAGUCCAGAGUAUUAAAAUAAUUAAAAGUAUUAUCAUUAAUAGCAAAAAUUCAAGAAAAAUGAUCAUAGAGCCACAUAAUCAUCAAUCCGUUUUGAAAUCAAAUUUUGCAUACAAAAAUAAUAAUGUAGUUUGUGAUGAUAAGAAAUUAGACAAACAAAGUGACGAAGAUGAAGAGGAUGAUGACGACGACAAUGACAAUCUUAUUGAACGAGAUCUACUUAAGUCCCAAGCAUAUUUCGUGGAUAGGUCAACGCCGUAUACAGAAACAUUUCAUUGGUCAAAUUCUGAUAUUAUACAACAAAAUGAGGGCUCGACAGAUUAUGAUAUUAGUGCUAAAGAAAUUCUAACCGAUUGCGAACAUAAGAAGAAGAUAGACUUUUGUCUUGAUAAACUAUCGAAUAUGAAUCAGGAGCGACAAAUAACUAAUUCAUUUCCAACAAUUUGUUCGGAUUUCACUGGAGCUUCGUGUUAUUCGUCGAAUAGAUCGUUGGGUGACUUGCACACCAGAGACUCGUGCCACUUACCGUCGAUAACAGUUCGCAAGACGAAGACGUCAUUGUUGGAUAUUCUUUCGAGCGGCUCUCAGUCUUCAUCCAGUCCCCUCGAGCAUAGUUGUACCGGAAGCGCCGUCUCGACGUCGCGGAUCUGCACCACGGAGAAUAACUGCCCGGAUUCGCCGGCAGGCAGUAUCAACGCCCGCGCAACCUUAUUCUCGAGGCCCAACAGUCGAGCCUCGAGUCGCGCUCGAUCGCCGAGCUGCAUCAGCGAUUGCAGCGGAGCGUCAUUUUUUCAUGCACUGAGUAGCCCCAUGGGAUCGCCUCAGGUCUCACCUCAGAAUUUUUACAAUCGUCAAAGACCUUCUUCAUCUUCCUCCUCCAGUCAUUCUUAUUGCGAAACCCCAAGCCCGGGUAACUAUCAAAAUCCUCUGGAUCAGCAUCUGGAGGAACAACUGGGUGAUAAUAUAAUGACCCGUUUUCCUAUCUGGCGUGAUAACUUCAAUUCAUCUGAUACUCUUGUUAACAGUGUAGAUAACAGUGAGCUUCAGCUACAACUUAUCGAAGAGGUUAUACGUGGUGAUAUGAAUGAUCAAAUAAAAAAUCGUACAACCACGGAUCUUGACUUACAAGUUGUCCCAAACUGUAGAUCAAAUUCAUUUUCAAAUUUUAGCAAUAUUUAUUCGUUAAUAAAUAAUAAUGAAAUGUUAUCUUCGGAAAACUCAACCUACGUGGAUAAUAGCGAGACAACGGAUGAUUUGACAAAUACAUUACUUAGAUUUGUUCGAGGUGAACAGACUAUUAUUUCAUCUAAAAAGCUGGAGACUAAAUCCAGUUCAUUAUCUUGUGGUUAUAGUAACAGUAGUAACGAGGCUAGAAAAACAUGUAACGGCAACCGUUUACAGACAGAACUGAUGAAGAAUAACUAUUUAGAAAUAUUAAAGACACCACCAAAUCAAUUUCCACAGCAAGAAAUGGUUUAUGAACAACAAUGCACAAAUUUAAGUCAUACAAUGAAUGCUGAAGAUUCACAAUUUUGCCCGAGCCAAGAUUAUGGGAAUGGAAGAAGUUCGUGGCCAAACUAUCAUGAAGCAAAUUCAAUACCGGGAACUACAUCUGUUACGAAUAAUUUUACUGACUUCCAAAUACCAGAAACCGUUAUGAUUUUUAAUUCUCAAAGAGUAGAAAGCUCAAAUGAGUUCACAAGUAAUAGCGGAAUCAGUAACAAACGAAGCAUAGCGCCAUGGCCUUCCUUAAAUCUACCGUCCACUCGAGCUGCCGAGCGACUAAAGGAAGUUACUGAUCCGCUUGAAGUUGAAAAGGCCAUGAAGAAUCUCUUAAAGAGAUCGCUUGACCAGCUAACUAAAGGAGAUGAAGACGGAGACACGAUGCUGAUGUGCUUGGUGGGAAAUCCUUUGGAGUUGCGGAGAAAGUUGGCCUAUUUGGCGCCCCUUGUCGAGCGUCUCGGCACAAUCGAAGGUGCGCUUUCGUCGCUCAACAACCGCGGCGAAGAUGCUCUGUACCUUGCUGCGAUGAACUGUCCACAGAUGUCCUUCGUAGCAGGAUAUUUGGCUGCGGCUUGUCUUCAGAAAAACAUCGAUAUUAGUCAGAGAGUCUAUCGCUCCAGGGGGGAUACAUUGGUUCAUGCAUUGGCCGCCAAAGGCGAUGGUCACGGUGAAGUUCUAGCUGAGUUACUUUCACUUAAAACAGCGCAAGGGAAUUCAGUAUUCGAUCUUUUAAAACGCAAUUAUGACGGUAGAACGGCCCUUCAUAUAGCUGCGGAAUUGCAUGGAUCGACAAAGAGGAAUGUGAAAAUAGUGUCGAUAGGUAUAAUUCAACUUUUAUUGAGCAACGGAGCUGAUCCACUAAUACGCGAAGUCAGAUGUGGUGACACUGCGCUGCACCUCGCCAUUUCCAUGAGCUGUGACCCAUCAAUUGUUAAAAUUUUACUCUCGGGCAGAGGACAACAAGCUGUAAAUCUUGCCAACUAUGAUGGAAAUACGCCUUUGCACAUGGCUGCCAUAAUUUCAAAACAGACGAGCCUCGAGCAGCAAUUAGAGAUCUGUCGAAUAUUGGUGCACGCGGGAGGAAGAACGAAUAUAACGAAUUUGCAGGGUAAGACUCCAUUAGCCUUGGUAUCGGCUGACAGAAAGGAAACGCUCCGACGAGUUCUUCAGAAAAGUGUAUGAGCAAAGGAUACGCGAACAAUUUGUAAUAUUUUGUAAAUAGUUUAAUAAUUGGAGAUUUUGUGCAACGGCAUACGUUCCCGGCGAAAAAUGCAAUUUUUUUAUGUAACGAGACUGUUAUGCCAACGUACAUGAGUGUAGUAUGAACUUUGUUAGAUUUAUUAAUAAAACUAUAACGACAUGUUAUGAUUACUGUUACAAAUAUUUUUUAAUUAUAAGGAAGUUCGAGGACGAUGAUAUAGAGAUAGGAAAAAAGAAUCUGCAAGAACUGAAUUACGUUGAAAAACAUAAACGAAGAAAACUAA